GCGGGAGGAGCGUUAGGGUUUUAGAGGGUGAUUUGAGAUUUGCAGAGAGUAGCCAUGAGCAGGAGCUUGGGAAUUCCAGUGAAGCUACUCCAUGAGGCCGCGGGUCACGUUGUGUCGGUGGAGCUUAAAAGCGGUGAACUUUACAGAGGAAGUAUGAUCGAGUGUGAGGAUAACUGGAACUGCCAGCUCGAAAACAUCACCUACACUGCUAAGGAUGGGAAGGUCUCGCAACUUGAGCAUGUUUUCAUCCGAGGCAGCAAAGUCAGGUUUAUGGUCAUACCAGACAUGCUGAAGAAUGCUCCAAUGUUCAAGCGUCUCGAUGCUAGAAUUAAAGGUAAGGGCGCCUCACUUGGUGUUGGCCGAGGCAGGGCUGUUGCUAUGCGAGCUAAAGCUCAAGCUGCUGGCCGUGGAGGUGCAACUGGUCGGGGUGCUGUGCCAUCUGCCCGAAGGUGAUGAAACCAUGAAUAUAGUUUGUUAUAUCCUUAGUUCAAGCCCAGAGAGCCGUUGGAAUAUUGAUCAUCAAGUUUCUUUAGUUCCGGUAUUGACAUCCUCAACAUUGAAGAAGGCUAUGUACGUUCAUAUUGUUGAAAGUGGGCGAUUGACCAUUAUGUUGAGAUCGAACAAUCUUUUACCCCCAUGUUCAUCUUUGUUAUGUAUGUACCGGACGUUCUAUGCAC